AAAUCGGCCUUACUUAACAACAAACUUUUUAGAACAAACUUUAUUUCAUCAUAUAUUUUUUCAAGGAAGAACAAACUUUGUCAAAUUUGUUACAUUCCAUUAAAAAGAGACGUCAGUACUUCUUUCUUUUACUGAAUCUUUAUUUUUUUAUAACUCAUCAAUUCCUCUCAUUUCUCUUGCAAUUGCAUGCACUUCUUCAAUGUUACACACUGCAUAAAUUUCUUUUCUUACUAUAUUUAUUCUGAAAUUAAUCUGGUUCUAUAUUUUGUUACCUUACUUAUAUUUAAUUCUUCUCUUAACUAUAUAUUAUUAGAUCUUAGAGAAAAUUAAUGAGAAAAGAGAGAAAGAUGGAUGUAGAUGAUGAACAAGUGCAAGUGAUGGACUUGGAGGCUCAACAAAAGAAGACAUCAGAAUCUGAUUUACCUAAAAUUCAGAAAAAAGCUAAACAUCCAGUUAUACUGAAGUUUAAAGAUGUUGUGUACAAAGUAAAAUUUCCAUCACAGAGGAAGAAAUUUUUUAAGCAAACGACAUCUUCACCAGUAAGAGAACGGGUCAUACUAAACUCAAUUUCGGGUGUGGUAUAUCCGGGCGAAAUGCUAGCAAUGCUCGGCCCUUCUGGCAGUGGUAAAACCACCCUCUUGACGGCCUUAGGUGGCCGACUAGGCGGCAACCUCAAAGGAUCCAUAACUUAUGAUGGAAAACCAUUCUCAAAUCAAAUGAAGCGAAACACCGGUUUUGUAACACAAGAUGAUGUGCUUCAUGCUCACUUAACUGUCACAGAAACUCUAGUUUACACUGCACUAUUAAGGCUACCCAACACAUUCACCAAAGAACAAAAAAUUGGUGUAGCUGAGGAAGUUAUAAUCCAAAUGGGCCUGACUAGGUGCAAGAAUAGCAUUAUUGGAGGCCCACUUUUGAGGGGAGUUUCUGGUGGUGAAAGGAAGAGGGUUAGCAUUGCACAAGAAAUGUUGAUUGACCCAAGUUUGUUGUUCCUGGACGAGCCCACUUCAGGAUUGGAUUCAACCACGGCCCAAAGAAUCGUGUCUGUUUUGUGGGAAUUAGCCCAAGGAGGGAGGACUGUUGUGAUGACUAUACAUCAGCCUUCAAGUAGGCUAUUCUACAUGUUUCAUAAGGUGUUGCUGUUAUCUGAAGGUAAUUCAUUGUACUUUGGAAGUGGAUCGCAUGUUAUGGACUACUUCGAGAGUGUUGGGUAUGUCCCCUCUGUUCCAAUGAAUCCUGCUGAUUUUCUCCUGGAUCUUGCAAAUGGAGUUUCUCCGGAUGAGUCGGAAGAUAUAGUGACUGUUAAAGAGAAACUGAUUGUGGCCUACAAGAAUAACAUAGCAAACGAACUGAAAGCAGAUUUGCGAGAAGAAGAGAAUGAGGAGGCAGAUCAUAGAAAGGAGGCUAAUACAGAGAUUGAGAAAUGGCCAACCACUUGGUGGCAACAAUAUACUGUACUUCUAAAGAGGGGUCUUAGAGAGAGGAAGCAUGAGUCCUUUAACAUUCUUAAGAUAGCACAAGUUCUUAUCGUUGCUUUUAUCGUAGGACUUCUGUGGUGGCAGUCCAAGAUCACCCAUCUACAGGACCAGGUUGGACUUCUGUAUUUCUCCACUGGAUUUUGGGGUUUCUUCCCAUUAUUUGACGCGAUAUUUGCAUUCCCACCAGAACGUAUGGUACUAGCCAAGGAACGAUCAUCAGGAAUGUACAGACUAUCUUCUUAUUUCUUCGCACGAAUGGUAAGCGAUCUUCCUGUGGAGCUCAUACUACCCACAGUAUAUGUGAUCAUAACAUAUUUCAUGGGAGGACUCAAACGCAACGCUGCAAGUUUCCUCUAUUACUUGUUCUCUCUUCUCUUAAGUAUCAUGGUCUCACAAGGCCUAGGCCUCGCGUUAGGGGCUCUCGUUAUGGACCUAAAAGCCGCGACCACCUUAGGGUCCGUGCUCAUGCUCACCUUCCUCCUAGCCGGUGGCUUCUAUGUUCAAAACAUCCCUGCUUUUAUUAAGUGGAUUAAGUACUUAUCAAUUCUCAAUUACAACUUCAAAUUGCUCUUAGGCUCACAAUUUAAGCCAGGGGACACCUACCCUUGUGAUGGAGACACAAAGGUGUGUUUAGUCGAGGAUUUUCCUUCUGUAAGAUCAGUGGGAAUUAGAGGCCAGUUUGUUUCUGCAAUUGUUUUGGUGAUUAUGUUUGUGGGUUAUAGGCUAAUUGCUUAUUUUGCACUUACGCGUAUUGGAGUAACAAGAAAGAGUAGGACAACUAAAUCUUGGUUGUUAUGCUUAGACUAACUAAUAGU